UGGUGUGGGGAGAGGUCGCUCGCCGCCCUCCUGAACCCCUGUGCUCCCCUCUCCUGCCCUCAGCUCAGUGUCCCCUCAGUAACCAGAAGCGGCUGUCUGGCAGCCACAUGGCUCCUUAAGUAACACGGACGUGCAGUGAUUGGCCUCAUUAUCGUUUAUCAAAGGAAGAAAGAUAAUUUGAUUAGUUAUUUCGCUCAAUGCUUUCCUGGCCAUGUCAUAAUCGCUGAGAGCCGCAUACUUUCGUCCAAUACCAUACUUGUGGUAGGAAGAAUAGCGCUGAAAGUCUUGCUUCUUGUGUGGAGCCCCAGAGUAUACACGACGAGUGUAUGAGUGUGAGGAGUGGCGGUGUUGUGAGUACUCUCGCCUCGUACUCUGCCUCAUCAACUUUGUACCGUGUUAGAGUGAAAUAUUGAUUGUUGAGUGCGUGCAUCUGACGAAGUAUGGAGAGUAACGCACCCCUGUCACACUCUCUUGAACAUGAACUACUGACACCAACAGGCCGUUGAACAUGAACUACUGACACCAAAAGUCCGUUGAACAUGAACUAGAGACCAACACCUUCACUGCUAAACAUACACCCGCGCCAGAUGAGUGGAAUACAUGUCUCCAUCACCAAUACAUUUCGCAGAUAUUAAAAAAAGAUGAGCGGCGGACCGUUGGUGCAGCUCCCAUGAUGCGCCUCCUUGUCCUCUACUGCCUCCUGCCCUCUGCGUGGUGCGCCAUCCUGGAGGAGGAGUCCGGCAGCCACCAGCAGCACGUAUAUAACUCCCUGCCGCCCUUCGUCGACGUCCUCCCGCCGGGGCCCUUCUACGAUGUGGAGCGCUCGGCCAACGUCACCGCCCUGGUCGACCAGCCCGCCAAGCUCAACUGUAGGGUCAAUAAGAUUGGCAACAGAACAGUGUCAUGGCUGCGACACAGGGAUACACACCUGCUGACGGUGGGACCGUACACCUACACAUCUGACCAGAGGUUCAGGGCUGUACACACAGCUGGCUCUGAGGACUGGGCUCUCACCGUCAGGUUCGCUCAGGUACGGGACUCCGGGAUGUACGAGUGUCAGGUGUCUACAACACCGCCCUUGAGGCACUACAUCUGGCUCAGAGUUGUAGAGCCCAAGACCACCAUAUAUGGCGGCGGAGACAUCUUCAUCAACAAGGACAGCAACAUCAACUUGACGUGCGUGGUGGACUACACGCCCAAGCCUCCUUCCUACGUCAUCUGGAAACACAAUAGUAAGGUGAUCACGUACGACAGCGACCGAGGCGGGGUGAGUGUGGUGACGGAGAAAGGUGCCAGGACCACGUCCAACCUCUUAGUGAGGCGCGCCUCUCUCAAGGACUCCGGCACAUAUUCCUGUAACCCCAGCAGCGCACCCGUCGCCAAGGUCCUCGUACAUAUAUUGAAUGGGGAAUAUCCUGAGGCGAUGCAGCAUGGAGGUCACUCACCCUACGACGUGUCAGUGCUGUUGUUGGCAGCUGCUCUCACCCUAGUUGCAACUAUCCACUAGUGGCUGCCCUCAUCCUGGUGGCCCUCAUCAUCCUGGUGGCUGCCUUCACCCUGGUGGCCCUCAUCAUCCUGGUGGC